GGCAGCUUUUGCGUCUUCCCCAUACAUUCUUAUAGUGAUUUAAGUUACUAGCUCCAUGAAAACUGGGUGUGAUUGUAAAUAUUUCAGCUGCAUAGGUUUUGUAGAGUGAGUAAAAGUUCGAUUUCAAUAAUAACAACAACAGUGGCAAAUACUUAAUAUUCGUAAUUAUAACAAUUACAAUUGUUGUCGUUAUCAUUGUAGAAUGAGAUUAAGAAAAGUAACGUAAUCUUCUCUUAUUGUUGUUGUCACAAUCUGUUUAAUGAAAGAACAGCAGAGAGGGUGACAGAGAGAGGGAGGGCGAGACAGAGAGAAUGAAUGUACGUGAUGAGAGAUUUUAAGACAGUCGUUUAUUAGCGGAGGGAGAGGAGCUGUCGAAAGAGGAGGGAGCGAGCGCGUGAGAGGAGCAUAUCGUCUUCUCGAGCCUCGCAUUCUGUCUCGCGUCGUGAAAGUCACAGAGAAACUCGACCGAUCCGAAAGCCGGACAGUCUACAACGGGUUCGAGGGAGGCGGAGUCUGGCGGUGUCAGCAGAUAAGGGAGGAUGAACAGCUGCUCCCAGGCGGCCUGACCGCACUGCCAUGGAGGGCUGGGAAGAACAGAACGAGAGAAAGAACGAGAGGAGGACGGGAUUCAUACAGCCAGAGAACAAACCUGUCCCCUCCAGCUAAGCCAAUCACACCGCCAUGCCUGCCAGGGCCCUGCUCCUAUUGGUCGCCCUCUGCAUGUGGGAGGGGCUUUGGGGAGCCAAGGUUCUGAGGAGGAGGGGCUUGGGAGAUCGCACGCAGAUACGGGAGGACAGGAGGCGGGCGGACCAAUGGGACGCGGGCGUUGAGGAUAACGGAGUCCCACUGGUGGAGCUGAGUGAGCUGUCCCACAGCGCCCAGGAGAAACUGCUCCAGGACGGGGUCUCCGCCCCCGCGUUCGGCAACAAGGGGGCCCCCCCGGGCAGCUGGGAGCCUGGCCUGAAGCUGAGGGGGAGGUACAGUCACCCCGCCCCCGGGAGGGCGGGACCAGGCCCAGGGGCAGGAGGGAGCCCCAAACUGCAGGAGGCCCAGGACCGGGCGGCUCAGCCCCCAGUCCGCUGCAGGCAGGACUGCCCCCAUUUUAACCAGACCCGCUUCACCAGAACCAUGCUCAAGGCCGGACUCCGACCGGACCCGUCCGUCCUCACCCUGGACCAAACCCGCCGACCCAACAAACCCGCCAAACUGGGAGCGAGGCUGAGUCCGGGCGGGGCAGAGGGCGGGGCGAGGGGCGGGGCGAGGGGCAGAGCUGGGUCUGCGCAGCGGGGACUGGAUCCGGACCCUCAAACCGCGCUCUCGGGCCCCGGCCCAGAGAAAGAUCCGGACUCGGGUCGGGGCGCCCCCACCCACCGGGACGUCAGCGGGGGCCCAGUCCUGGGACCCGGGGGGAAGGGGGGGCCCGAAACUGCCCCCCGCAGCGAGGCGACGGCUCGGGCCGGCCACUUCCUGAAGCUACAGCCGGGACCGAACAUGGAGCCGGGGGGGCCUGGGGGCGGGGCCAGGGGGCGGGGCCUGGUGUUCCAGGAGGCGGGGGAAGGGCGGGGCCAGGAAGGGGAGGAGACCCGGAGCAGGAGCAGGCGCAGCUGGAUCUGGAACCAGUUCUUUGUGAUCGAGGAGUACAGCGGCCCAGAACCUGUCCUCAUAGGCAGGCUGCACACGGACAUGGACCGGGGCGACGGGCGCACCAAGUACGUCCUCCGCGGGGAAGGGGCGGGGUCCGUGUUCGUGAUCGACGAGAAGACCGGCAACAUCCACGUGACCAAGCCGCUGGACCGCGAGGAGAAGGACGAGUACCGGCUGAUCGCCACGGCGACCGACCGCCAGACGGACCGCGCCCUGGAGCCCUCGUCCCAGUUCAUCAUCCGGGUGCAGGACAUCAACGACAACCCUCCCCUGUUCGAGGACGGGCCCUACAGCGCCACCGUGCCCGAGAUGGCCAACAUCGGCACAUCUAUAAUCCAGGUGACAGCGACAGACGCAGAUGACCCUACCUAUGGGAACAGUGCCAGGCUGGUGUACACACUGGUCCAGGGCCAAGAGUACUUCUCUGUUGAUCCUCAGACAGGGAUUGUGCGGACGGCGGUGCCAGACAUGGACCGGGAGACCCAGGAUCAGCACCUUGUGGUCCUGCAGGCCAAGGACAUGGGGGGCCAUCUGGGGGGGCUGUCAGGGACGACCACCGUCACCAUCCGACUGAGCGACGUCAACGACAACCCACCUCGCUUCACCCAGAGCGCGUGGUCCUUCUCUCUGUCUGAGCUGGCCGUGCCGGGGGCAGAGGUUGGACGUCUCUCGGCAACAGAUGCAGAUCUGGGGGACAAUGCCAAGCUGGAAUAUACCAUCCUGGAGGGCGACGUGGGGGACACCUUCAACAUCACCGGACUGAACCAAGAGGCUAUCAUCACACUGAACAAGGCGGUGGACUACGAGGCGCGCGGCGCGUACGCGUUUGCGGUGGAGGUGCUGAACCCCGCGGUGGACCCCCGCUUCCUGCGGCGCGGGCCCUUUAAGGACCGGGCCUCGGUGCGCGUGACCGUGCUGGACGCCGACGAGCCGCCCCGCUUCUCCCGCCAGCGCUACCUGCUGGACGUGCGGGAGAACUGCGCCCCCGCCUGCGCCGUGGGCCGGGUGGGGGCCGUGGACCCCGACACGGGACAGAACAGCAACAUCAGAUAUUCCAUCGACCCCCAGUCAGACCCGGAGGCCCUGUUUCGCAUCGCCCCUGACAACGGACUGAUCACCACGGCUGUGGAGCUGGACCGCGAGCACGAGCAGUGGCACAACAUCACCGUCAUCGCCACACAGAGAGACAGCCCCGGUCAGGUGUCCCGGGUGGCGGUUGCCAUAGAGACCCUGGACGUGAACGACAACGCCCCGGAGCUGGAGAGACAGUACACAACGGCGCUGUGUGACUCCGCUGCAGCAGGGCAGGUGGUGCUGGCGCUGCGGGCGGUGGAUAAAGACAAAGGAGGCAACGAGUCGCUGGUUCACUUCAGCAUCCCCUUGGAGUCCAGCGCUGCUCACAACUUCACCGUCAGAGGCACUGGGGGCCCCACGGCCAGCCUGGUUCUCCUCUCCUCCCUCUCCUCGCUCCCUCGUUCCCCCUCCUCCUCCCUGACGCUGCAGGUGCCACUGGUUCUGAAGGACAGCCUGUCGGGCCUGAGCAGCACUGGGACGGUCACCGUGUCCGUCUGUCCCUGCCUGCAGGGCGGGGCCCGGGCGGGGCCAGGGGACGGGGACGGCCUGGCCGAGACCGUCUGCCUGCCCCUCUCCUCCUCCUCUCCCUCCCCCGGCCUCAGCACCGCCGCCCUGCUGGCCAUCCUGGCCUGCAUCAUUACCCUGCUGGCGGUGAGCGCGCUCUCUCUCUCCCUGCGCAGACAGAAGAGGGACUCUCUCUCCCCGCUGGAGGAGGAUGAUGUCAGAGAGAACAUCAUCACCUACGACGACGAGGGCGGCGGCGAGGCCGACACGGCCGCCUUCGACAUGGCCGCCCUGCAGAGCGCCCCCCACAGCACGCGCCGGGGAUACCGCACGCUGGACAGCAGGAACAUACGGUAUUCUGGGCGGAGCCAGGAGAGGGGCCGGACGUACAGCUGGUCCCAGAACCCGGGCCUGGGCUUCCCCAACACAGCCGCCGCUCCGCUGUAUGGCCGCCUGUGCUACAGCAGCCACACCCUGCCGGUGCUGAGACACGCCCACGGCCACGCCCACGGCCACGCCCCCUUCGAGCCGGGCCUGGCGGACCCCGGGGACCCCCGGAGAGAGACGGAACCGGCGGGGGCCGCGGGGGGGUCGGACAGCGGGGCCCCCCCCACCCCCGACUCAAAGGACAGCAGCGAGCCUGGAUACCACACGCACAGCCUGGACUGGGCUGAUUCCCUGGUUCUGACGCGGUGCGGUCCGGCCGCGGUCCGGAGUUCCAGCGGCAGCAGCUGGGCGUGUGAGUCCGCGGGCCGCCAGGGCGUGAGGGCAGGACCGUCCCCGACACGAAUCAGCACCGGCGCCUCGGCCCCGUCCCUCCCGGGGAGCCUCGCUGCCAUGCCCCUCCCCCACGGCAGCCACGGCAGCGGCGGGGAGAGCCAGGCCGCCGCCGGCUUCUGCCGCAGUAACAGCGCUGGCCAGCAGGGGGCGCUGCAGGAGGGGACGCUGGGCCGCCACAGGCUGGCACAGGGGGGAGGGAUAUCUCUGGCCGGGACUACUUGCAGCGUUUACCCUGAGGGGACGGGUCUUAUUCCAGACUGGGGGGACAGGGUGGGGGUGAGGGGGUACGGCCUGGGCCGUAGAGAUAUGUUACCCCACCUGCUGCCCUUCCCGGGGCAGAACAGGGGGGUGCUGGGGCAGCUGGGGUACGGCGGGGGGCGGGGCCAGGGCGGAGGGAACUCCCUGGCCGUGCGGGUGGGCGAGUUCCUGAGGCUCCGCCUGGCUCAGGUGACCUUCGACCCCUCCCUGCCGCCCUACGACUCGGUGCAGAUCUACGGCUUCGAGGGGGAGGGGUCGCGGGCGGGGUCGCUGAGCUCGCUGGAGAGCGAGGGGGAGAAGGAGGGAGAGAAGGAGGGGGUGGAGGACUGGGGUCCUCGGUUCCACAGGCUGGCCGAGCUCUUCCAGGAGAGAGAGCGAGAGAGGGAGGAGGAGAGAGAGAGGGAAAGGGAGACAGAGAUAGAGGCAGACAGAGGGGAAAAGGAAGAAGGGGAGGGAAAAGGGAGGUCAAGAGAUGAAGGGAAACAGGAAUGAGAGACGGCAAGAAAAAGAGAGAGGAAGAGUGAGAGAAGGAAAGAGAGAGAGAACAAGGGGUUCAAAAGGAAGGAGCGAGAUGAAAUUUAAAGAGAAACUGCGGCAAAACAGAGGAAGAGAGGUUGGAUCUUUAGCAAUAACCCUUUUAAAAAAGCAGUCGUGCACAAAUCCCCAGAAGAGAUCUUUAUCAGCCAAUCAGAAUCAACAUAGAACGUUCAAAACGAAGCCCCUUCCCCACAAGCUAAUCGGCCUGCACAUAUGUAAACACGCACACACAUGCGCACGCACGCACACACACACAUGCGCACGCACACACAUGCACACACACACACACACACGCACACACAUGCGCACACACGCACACACACAUGCGCACGCACACACACGCACACACACACGCACACAUAUGCGCACGCACACACAUGCGCACACACACACACAUGUGCACGCACACACGCACACACACACAUGCGCACGCACACACAUACAUAUGCAGACACACAGUUAAGACUAAAAUGUGAAAAGAGAGAAUGGACAAAAAAAACUGGCAAGGAAGGAUAAACAGCAAAGAAGCAAAGAUGAGAGGAUCACUGACUGAGUGUCACUGUGGAGAGAAAGAGAGAGGGAGGGAGAGAGAGAAUGAGAGUGUGAUAAAGAGAGAGGCCACACAAGAACAGACAGAGGUAGAGAAAGGAGAGAUGAGGGUGGCAGAAAGGAAAAAGCAGGAUUUGAGGAUGAAGGAAGAGGGUAACAGAGUUAUCAUGCGAUUAUGUAAAAAAAAAAAAAAAGAACCUUUUACUUUUACACAUCUCUGCUGGCAGGGCAUUGAAUAAUUCAGCUCCCUGCUUCGUUCCAAGUGAAAGUUAUGAAACAUUAAAUUCUUGAAAAAUUGAUUCUUCCCACCACACCAAAGCCACAUUUGUCGAAAAAUAGACAUUAUGAAAAAUUAAAAAAAAUAUGUUGUGAUAUAUUAAUACACCCCAGUCUCAUCCCAUGGACAGUCGCUGCGAGUUCUCCAGCGGGACGGGAACGCGACUGACCGCAGAUAGCUCAUGGCAUUAGCGCGAUUCGGCAGCCACCCGCGGAAUGAUUUAAACCGUCCGCACUGGCAUGUUUAACGAUUUGCGAUUCACGGAAACUCCAUCGUGACAACUGCGCUCCCCCGCGGAGCUUCGCAGAACGGAUCCGCACGGACGCUCCACCGGUAAUCGGUGAGACAUUUAAAGAGCACCGGAGGUGUAUUUAUUAAGCAUGAUUGUGAAUUCGCACUCCUAUAAUUAUUUUAGAUCGAGCCGUAAAGAAGCCGGAGUUUACUUUUAAAGUCCCUCGCCGCUCUUUGAUAAGUAUUUUAAGAACUGACAGUGCGAGCGUAGAUCGGGAGGAAGGGCGAUCCGUAAAUGCGUUGGCCAGCCAAGCACCUUCCCUGGGUUCCGUUUUAAGACAGAAGGCCUCGCGGCCCCGGCGGGAUUGGGCGCUGGCGCGAGCUGGUCCAAGUCCGAGCACCUGUCUGACGGAGAGCGACGCGCUGCCGCGAGCUGCUUUAGCGGUACUCCAGCAGGGGCGGGCAGGAUCGCUGGGUCUGCUGCAGGAUUCCUCGCCGGCUGUUAACGUCGUUAAUUAUUUAAGGUAAUUAGCCCAGUCUUUUCUGUGAUAUGAUUUUGAGACCAGGUGUGUUGUUAAGCUCCUGAAUGAGCUCGUGUCCCUAAAAAAAAAAAAAAACAAACAAAAAAAAAAACCUUUCACUGUGAACUGGCCUGUGAGUGAACAGAGCUAUCUCGCCCACUGAAACAAAACCCUGGGUUCCAGACACAAGCCCCCCCUCCCACCCCCAUCCCCACCCAGCCACCCAGCUGAGCUACAGCACUCGUUUCCAUGGUGAUAACAGAAAAGCAGUGAGCAGGGACGCUCCACCUGUCAUGCGGAGUCACCGCUUUGUACAGAAUGUCAUGAUAGUGAUGAUGAUGAUGAUGAUGAUGAGGAAGACUAUAUUUAUCAUCAUAAUAAUGGGAAAGGAAAAGAGCAAUGUUUUUUAAGGGCACUAAGUUUGUUGAAGUCUCCAGUGUAAAUAUCACUAGCCAUCAUCGCAAAUGGAAUGAUUUUUUCGAUGUUUGAAAAAAAAAAAAAAAAGAAAGUACAUUCAACCAGCCAUUUUCAAAUAAAAAAGGACGUUAUAAACACCGGAAGACACAACUACACCUGAGAACUGAACAAGAACCAUGACACUGUGCUGGACCUGACUGGACCAGAACCACUGUGUCAGAGAGUGCCCUCUGUGCGUCCUGAGGGGCCCCUGGUCAGCGCGGGGUCAGUUCCAGGCAUAAUCACACACCCUCACACGUAACAAGCCAUUAUUCGUCCUUCAGUAGACUCCCGUUCGCCCUCCGACGGCCGCGCCAUGUCAGGAGUAGCUUUGCAUGCAGCGAGGAAUAAGAAUAAACGUUCCACGUUCACAUCCCAGAGUUCCGUAUUUUCUUCAGUCGGUCAGACCAGCCGGUUUUUUUAGUGUGCUACGAGGCAAGCCACUCCUUCAGAAAGAGGAGACUUUUUUUUAUUUGAUUAAAUUAUAGUGGCAGAUUAAAUCGUCAGGACCCUCAUUUGUUGAAGUGGGGACACCCAGUCACUGAAACGAAACUAUGUUUUUGGCAAAUUAAUGAGAUCAAAGGCGAUGUGAACGGUGAGGAACCAAACCUGCAUUUUGUUGAAAUUAUUUUUAAGGAAAAAAAGAACCAAUCUUUCGUUUCGUAAUCAAUCGUUUCUCACCUGUAGUUCUGUCCUCCAACAGCAAGGGGGCGAUAUAGGGCUUCCUGGAGCAGUGAACACAUAGCGGUUCCUUAAUCACCUCAAUAGACCAUUAAGUUGCCACAGCCAUCUUUUCUGAGCAGGGUCAGUGUGGGUGCAUGCUUUGGAUGCAGCCCAGCACCACAUCUGAUUCAACUAAUAAACUAAUCGUGACCCUUGAUCAAGACCAUGGCUAGCUGACUCAGGCACUUACCUAGUGCUGAGCUGGAGCUAAAUCAAGCGUCCGCACCGGGACGUUUUUGGGAUUCGAUGCGGCACCCCUGGUUCAGAGGUUCUGUGGUCCAUAACCGCAGAAGUUUCUUUGCGUGCCUUUCACUCGUCUCCACCGGCUGCGCUGACGCCAGGGCCUGCAGCGGCGCUUCGAGAGGCUGCCGCAGGGGGGGGACACAUCCACAUCCCUUCCAGGGCCACACCCCCUGGGGGAAACUCAGUCCGGAACGUGAGUUUAAUUCAGUUUCGUAUCUCCUCGUGAACCCAGCGUCUGCUUAAAAAGAAAAUGGGAGAGCUGGACGCUGAGGCUGCAUAUCACUGUGGUUACGGAGAGAAGCCGUGGAACUGAGCUUCCUUUAGUGAAGUUCACUGAGUGCCGCACCCUCCCCCAACCAGGGGACCUCAGUUUGGAUUGUACUUCUUGGUGGCUUAGCACUAGCAACGUGUUUAAUUUGGUUUUGGCACACCCCGUUUUAUUACUAAAGAACAGGAGGUUCGGGUGCUUGUAUUACAGUACUUGCCACAGCGUUGUGCUUGGCCACGCCCCCCUAAUUAAUAUUCAGAAGAUGUUGAGUUGUGAGUGGUUGAGCCUCAUUGGUAGGGGAGCUUUCAGCAUUAAGAGCACGGCCCAUUGUCACUUUAAAAUCUGUGACGCUGGGAGAGGGUCACGUGACCAGGGUGGCAACACCUGGAGCAUGUAACAGACAGGAUCGUCACGGCGACAGCACAUGGGUGUAGCACAGGGGGGGCGGGGCGCCACUCAAACACUGGCCCCACCCCCUACCCACAAUGAUAGGACACUUCUGUACUUUGACUUCUUUUGUUUUUGUUUGGUUUUUUUUUUUUUGUAAAUUUGAUUAAAGAGGAUGGAUUUUGGGUGGGA